UCUCUAAAAGAAUUUUCUUUGGGUUUUGAGAUCUAAGGAGUGUAAGAAGCUGUUUUUAGAUUUUAUUCCCUUUAUGGAUUCAGUUUCCGAGUGAAAACUACAGUCUGAGUCACUUUACCCUGAGUUCAAUUCAGAUUAUUAAAAGAGUUUCGGAGUUUUCUAGUUAUGGAAUUCAGUUCGUACAGGUUAUGCCGUCGUUCGUCACUGAAGUUGGACCACGUUACUAUGGACGAAGAAGAAGAUUUAGGGUUUGGGUUCGUUAGAUACUCACACGGAUUGGGGAGGAAAAGGGUUGGAUCUUUUCCUCUCGAUACUUCGACCGCAUUAAAAAGGCAAUGCAGUGAAAGAACGAUGAUGAUUGAUGAUUAUAAUCGAAAAGCAGCCAUUGAAUCGCUUCCACAAGAUGUUCUCAUUAGGGUUAUUUGUGGUGUGGAUUAUGAUGAUUUGAAGCAACUGUUUAAUGUGUCUAAAUCAAUCAGAGAAGCUACUGUGAUUGCAAAGAAGUUGCAUUUUGCCUAUAGCACACCAACAAAGGUGAAGGCUUUUAGAACAUUGCUCGAUUCGGAAUUCGACGGCGUCGAAGCUCCAAAUGCACCAAUGCAAUGGCGGACUCACAGGUCAAUUGACAAGAAGAAACUGGCUGAUAUAUCAAUAUCAUUGUUUGCUUGACACAUACACAUACAAAAGGGUAAAUAGCAUGUCUGGUGUAUGUACACGUUAGAUUCCUCAGAUUCAUAUGAUAGAAAGUGUUUGGAAGAUGAGAA